GCCAGCAACGAAGCCCGGGAUCCACUCCGGACCUGGCAGAAAUCGGACGGCGGCUCCGGAGCAUCUGCCAGUGGCUCCAGAUGCCAGACUAUGUUUAAACUUUUGGUUCUGCUCAGCACUCUGCCUGCUAUUACUUUUGCAUUUCCUCAUUGCCCAAGAAGACCCCAGGAGUCUACACAUGCAGGAAAAGACGUAGUCUUUACAUCAAAAGAAGAAGCCAGUGUCUUCAUCCAUAGACGUCUCCUCCACAAUAGAUUUGACUUGGAACUCUUCACUCCUGGAGAUCUGGAAAGAGAGUGUUAUGAGGAAAUGUGCAACUAUGAAGAAGCUAGGGAGAUCUUUGGGGAUGAAGACAAGACGAUGGCAUUUUGGCAGGAUUAUUCAGUUCGAGGACCGAGCAGAAGAUCAGAUGGUGAGAGAGAGAAGAUCGAUGUUAUGGGACUCCUGACUGGACUAAUUGCAGCUGGAGUGUUCCUGGUUAUCACUGGAUUACUUGGUUACUAUCUCUGCAUCACCAAAUGCACAAGACGAAGACAGCCGUGUUCCUCAGCUGUCUAUAUACGAACUGGUCGACAUCAUCCAACUAUUAUCUUUAGCAGACAAGAGGAAUCUGCCUUGACCCCAUCACCUCUUCCAUUGGAGGACUCAGGACUGCCUUCUUAUGAACAAGCUGUGGCAUUGACUGGAAAAUAUGACGUGCCUCCUCCUCCAUAUCCUGGACCAGCAAGAGGGUUUAAGUAGAUAAGCUAAUACAACAGAUGUCCUGCAGAGGGACCAAAAUCUCCCAGGGAGUUUGGGACAGGACUGAAAUAGAAGGUUUUCUCCAAGGCCCCACCUUGCUCACAAGAUCACACAUUACCUAAAGGUAUGUUAGGACAAUGUGUCCUUAUUUGAAAUUGACAAUUAAAAGGUGCCUUUCCCCUAAGUGACAGUAGGAAUUUUUCUUCUGAAAUUUUUUUGAGUCCUGCCCACUGACACAUAAGCUCUUAGUACAAAUUAGCUUCAGAGCCUCUAACUUUCUCCCUGCUGUACACAGUUGUCACUUAUCAUUUAUCAUAAAACUUUAAUAUGAAAUCAUCUCUGAUUCAUUCUCAGAGGAACUGUGAAAUCCAUGGUGUUUGUAGAGUAUCUCUACAGUUCAUGAUAAGAGGGAAGACCCCAAUUGACAAAUGGCUAUAUUAAAUGGCAACAUUUCAAUAGUAACAUUAUAAUUUUAAAAAUUUUACCGUAUUGCUUAUUUUUAUUCCUUUCUGUUGUUGUUGGUUAAUAUUAACUAUGAGAUCCCCAUUGUUUCAAAAUGCUAUCUCCUAGAGCUCCACUUAGCACAAGAUUUCACAAAUAAUUAGGGCUGGGGUUUUUUGUUUUGUUUUUCAUUUUUAAUUAGAGGUUGGAUGGAAUGAAGGCUUUGUAUCAGUCUGAUUGGAAAGAGGCUGAUAAAUCAUAGCAGCAUGAUAGUUUCAGUGUAAUGAUGCUACCUGGCCAACCAAGUCUAGGAGAUAAGUGAUUCACUUUCAGAAAGAAAAACUCUUUAAAAAAAAAAAAGAAUACUAUUUGUGUUCUAUUGGCUCUUUCCAGCUGUCUGUAAAUUUCUAAUAGAGAGCAUAAGAAACUAAAAAAAAGUUUAAAUGAGUAACUGUUGUAUCGUCAUUUGUUAUUGUGUUCUAAACUACCACUGUAUAUGGGGAUGAGGGUAGGGGAGGGCAUAGGAGCUGGGAGGGUCUCGUCCCUUAUUUGGGACUCCUUCAGCCUGUUUUGUCUUUGAAAUUGCAACAAUGUAUUCCCCUCCAAUAAAUUAUGAGUGUGUAUGCUUUUUAUGUGUGUAGGAAAUUGAAUUGCUUAUGGUUCUAGGUGCCACACCAGCAGAACUAGAAACAAUAAUUCCUUGAAUUGUUCCCCAAAACUUGUUUCCAGAAUUCCAUCCCAGCUCAUUCUUGCAUUUUCGACGUGGGGCAUUAGUUUCUAGGAUAAGGAAGAUGGAAGAAAAACUCCUUUCCAUGAUUGUUUUUACAUCUUCAUUGAAUUUGUGAACUCAUCUAUCAUACCAAGCCAUUAAUUGGAUACGAAACAACUUAGAAAUAUGUGUUUAUGUGUGUAUAUAUGUAUGCGUGUAUAAAACUAUGUAUAUAUAUGACGUGUGCAGUUGAUUCAUUUUCUUAGGGGUGUUUGUCAUUUCUGGGGAUAAAAAUUCUUCAUGAUAUUUAGCUAAGUUAGGUGGUAUGAUCUAGAUGCAGCUGGACGAAUGGGCCAAAGCCCAUCUCUUCUGGGCACUAACUCAGCCAGUCAAAUAAUAUUGUAAGUGCCCACCAUGUAUAAAACCUUGGAACAGAUGGUUCUGUUGGAUGACGGGACUUCCAUUAUAACAGGCAGUGACUAAAGUAUCAUAACAUGAAACAAUAGGGAUAAAGACUGAACCUGUGAUUUCAUUGAUGAGAGAGAACUCCCACAUGAGGAAAAACAGGAAACAAUAGGUUUACAAAAAUGGAUAACAGGGUGAGCUAAGAAUUACAUGAAUUUAAAAAUUUUCCAAAUGGUUUAUUUAAAAAAUAUGACCCAAAAUGUUACCAAUUUUAUCUUCCAAAGAUUGCAGGUACUACAUAUUCAGAUACUUUAAUGAGGGUAUUGAGUAAUGCCCAUAUUACAGGUCAAUCAUGUCAAUAAGAAAACUGAAGACUGACCUUAAUUAUUGACUACCUCUCUGUUCCGAGGGGAGUCAAAUAUUCCUCUGGCAGGAUUUUGUCCUUACUUUUCAGUGUGUAUAUUAUUAGAAGAGAAAACCUAGGAUGGGGGGAAGGGGAGGAACUGAGGAUGGAAAAGCUUAGCUUUCAGUGAUAAUUAUAUUCAGUUUUUUAAAGACAGAGGCUUCCACUUCUGGACCUUUCUCAAAACUAGCCUCAUGUUUUAAAGACUUCAUUCAGGAGGAGGAGGGAGGAGAUUUAUAUACCAUGUACUUAAAAAUAAAACUUGCAAAAUGGUGACAAAUCACAAAAUCAACUGUUAGUAAAACAUUUUAGUUCUGAACUCAUUUAGAAUGGAUCCAUUUGCCAUGUUUUCUAUUCAGUUGCAUUUUGAAAGACUGUAUUUCUACAUUAGUGUAACCUGAUGCUAUAGAAAUUCAAUUUUUAUACUUUUUUCUAAUGUAAUGAUAUGCUGUGCUGUGUACUUCCCUCAGAAAUUUCUGAUCAUUUUUAAAUGUUUCUCUUUGGUUAUGUAAGGUAGUCUGCCCAAUGUUUACUGGUAUUUUUAUCUACUAGAACAAUGAAUUUUUAAAAAAGCAUGCCUUCCCUCAAGUCUUCAUUGUAUCAUAAAUUAUCAUUUCUUAUUGUGUACAUUUUUGUACCUGUAUAAUAAACUUGGUUUGCAUUA